AUGAGUGAUGGAAAGCUAUUUGUCAAGUCCAAAUCAUCCGAAAUAAAGGUUGAAUUGGAUCAAGCGUUAAAGAAAUCAAAACCUCAUGCUAAAGUGAAAAUUGUCCUCAAAAAGCUUGUUGCCAACGUCAUACUUAAUAAUACUGAGAUCGUGAACUUAUUACCUGAUAUCAUCAAGUUAUUAAAGUUUGAUGAUUUGGAGAUAAGGAAGUUAUCAUCUCAUUUCAUCAUAAGCUAUGCUCCGCAGAAUCCAACAUUAGCAAAAGAAGCAGUUCCAUAUUAUAAACGAUUUCUUGAAGAUGCUUCUCCUAAUUUGAGAUCAUUAUCCAUAAGGACGUUGUCUACUGUUCCAAUUAAAGAAUAUCAAGACGUUGCCUUUGGUGCAGUUACUCAUUUAUUGGAUGAUAAUGAUAUCAAUGUGAAGAAGACUGCAAUUUAUUCUGUUUCUAGACUUUUCCAACAUAAUCCCCACAAAGCAACAAAACUUAACUUGAUAGGCAGUUUGAAUGAAUUACUAUAUGAUCAUCAUCAAGUCAUUGUGUCUAAUACUUUAGCGGCUUUGAAUUCUAUCACAGAGAAUAAUAAGGAAUUAUCAUUGACCAUCGAUAAAGCUCAUUCAAUGGCUUUGAUUUCACAUCUUACUGUUGCCAAUGAAUGGUGUCAAGUUUAUAUUUUGAAUUCAUUAAUGUCAUACGUCCCUCAAACUUCAGAUGAAGCAUUGGAAUUAAUUGAAGCAUGUUUACCCUCAUUACAGCAUGAAAAUUCUUCCGUGGUAUUGAAUGCCAUUAAGGUUAUUAUUUACUUUUGCAAUUAUGUUAAAAACCCUCAAUUGGUAAUACCUACUCUUCCUAAUAGAUUAGGGGGAUCCCUAGUAUCAUUACUUGCUAAGCCUUCCGAAAUACAAUUCCUUGUGCUUAGAAAUAUCAUAUUGUUAUUAUUAGGUAGAAAAAAUUUACUUAAUCUAGAAGUGGAAAUGUUCUUUUGUAAGUAUGAUGAUCCAAUUUAUGUCAAAGAUACAAAGUUAGAGAUCAUAUACUUAUUGGCCAAUGCUCACAAUAUACAUGCUGUCAUAAGAGAACUUGAAGAAUAUGCCACCGAAGUGGAUGUAUCUAUGGCUAGGAAAGCUAUUAGAGCUUUUGGGAACCUUGCCGUUAAAUUAUCUGGAGCUGCUGAACAAUGUGUUGAAGUUUUAUGUGACUUAGUAGGGAAUGGUAUACCAUAUAUUGUUCAAGAAUCAACCACAUAUCCUGGAAGAUUUGAAUUCGCAGUUGAAUCAUUACUAGAACAAUAUACAUUGAUCGAUGAACCUGAUGCUAAGACUUCUUUUAUUUGGAUAGUGGGUCAAUAUUGUAAUGAUCAUGAAAGAAGUUUAAAAAUUUUAGAUGAUUUAUCAACAAACUUUAAAGAAGAACCAGUUGAAGUGCAAUAUUCAUUGUUAACGGCUGUUACAAAAUUGUAUUUAAAAUAUCCUACCGGUGGAGAAGCAUUAAUGUUGAAAGUUUUAAAAUGGGCAACUGAAGAAGUUGAUAAUCCAGAUAUAAGAGAUAGAGCCUAUAUCUAUUGGAGAUUGUUAUCAUCUGGAUCAGGGUCUAAUGGAGAUUUCCAAGAAGAAUCCAAACAAAUUAUUUUAAAUCCUAAUCCAAGUAUUUCUUCUGAAAAUGACAAUAUCGAUCCAAAGAUAUUAGAAGAAUUGGAAUUAAAUAUCGGUAGUCUUGCAUCAAUCUAUUUAAAACCUGUUCAGCAUGUUUUCCGUUUAAGUAAAAGAAAAGUGUUGGUACCAAGUCCAGCUUUACAACCAAGACCUAUUCAAGCCUCAGUUUCAGAAGAGGAUGAUGUUAUUGAUAACAAUUCACAUACACCUGUGAUAGCACCAAGAGUUUCAAAUAGUAACCAUACGGCAGCAACAAGAAAUCCAUCAACGUUAUCUAGUAGAAAUUCCAUCAUUUCUGGACAAAAAUCAUUUGAUUCUGCAAGUUCAGGUACUGAUGAUAAACGAGAAGGAUUUACCAAAAGAUUAUCGAGAAGGGCUUCUCUAAUAACCAAUAAAUUAUCAAAAACUUAA